GAUAACGCCGUUCAGCAUGUUCUAUACGUGUAGUAGUUCUGAGAUUGAAGUGGCUCCUGAGGUUCCUCUACAGCUGUGCCUACAUACCUUGUUCUCUGGAAACACUUCUAUCAACCUCUCACAGAACGGAGCCAGCUACGAGAUCGAUCUAGGACUCAUGUUCCCAACCCUCGGGGAACCAUCUCAGUCUGUCCAUGAAUGGCUAGAAGCCCUAGCUCUUUCUGCUACUGAUGGCAAUGACACUUGUCCAAGUCCCAUCUCAGAGACGCCCUCUACGCUACCCGAUCCGAGUCGACUCUCCGACGAAGUCGCAGGAAGUUCUGACUGA